CUUUACUAUAAUGACAGAGGCGAAUCAAACUGAAUUAAUAAUCUAGGGGGCAUAAGACCAAUAGGUUUAAGCCUAAUAUAUCGAACUAAAUGAGACGAGGGAAACAGCAUAGGAGAUAAAAAACUAAACAGUUAAUCUAAAAACUAGAAAGGAAUUCCUGGUUUAAUACUACAAGAAAAUCCAACAUUAAUUUACCUUCUUAUCUCUGUUUUUCCAGUUGGGAUCUAUAGAAUGGGUAGGUCAAACAGUUGUUGAUAUAGGACAUCAUUCAACGGAAUUUAGAUGGACAUUCUAUAUAGUUGUGAUUUUGCUUAUUUUACUAGGAUUAGGAUUACCAAUCUUUCGACAAAAUCGUUAAAUAGUAAAAUUUCUUAUCUAAAAAAGGUGUAACACUAGAGACUCAUUUUUAGAACUUAAUCUGUUUUAUUAGGAUUUUUGUUGAUUGGGGUUCGUAAUUAUUAGAUUUAUAAUCAACAUUUUGAUUCCACAUCAUUUUGCAUAUAGACUUCCUUAUUAAUAUUUGCUAUCAAUAGUUUGGUCUAGAUUCUUGUGGUGAGACGCAAUCGUACUCACUACGGACCAGCUUAUAUAAAGUGGACAGUCAUUGGAUUUGUUAGUUUUAAUGCUUGUAUAGGGUUUAGUGGAUUUGAAUUAGAUCGAUCUUUUUCAAUCGCUUAAGCCAUCAUUCUUUAUUCACUCUACUACUUUAAUUAACUGAAUGCGACACUCUUGAAAUUACCUCAUGAAUUACCUGAGGAGGAAUCUAUCUUAGAUAAAAUUAGCAAGUUCAAAAAAAUAUUUUAAAUAUAGAAUGAAGAAGGUUCAUAGGAUCAAGUUAUCUAAUAAUUAAAGACUACACAUAUAGUUGUGAAUAGAAAAUUAGCUACUUUUACAGCAGGAAGCAUACUCUACCUUUUAGUUUUAUUUUUGUGCAUUUUCUUUGACAAUGCAUUAUUUUUGGUCAUAUUUAUAGUAUUUUCUUUGUCAUUAGUAAGUUUGGUUUUGAACACCCCGAUUGCAUCAAAAGUAACGUUAUUUAUAUAUCUUUUAGUCAUUACAAUAAACUGACGUUGAAUUUGCUGUGUGUUUGACCUACAUGGAUCUAUUGAGUCCAUUCAAAAAUAUUAUCAAAAGCUCAAUGCCUUAAUGAUUUUAUAAAUAACA